AUGAUAAUUAUUGUAGACUUUAAUAAUGUUUUGUUGUCUUCUGACUUCAACAUCAAAAGCCUCAAAAGUGACAGAUUUCGUAUAAAGUUACAAUCGUUCCAAAACGUAAUAGUUCGUUUUUUGUUUUCAGUAUGUAGUUUCGUAGUACACAAACGUUGCCAUGAGUACGUCACAUUCACGUGUCCUGGAGUGGAUAAAGGACCAGAUUCAGAUGACACCCGAACGCGUCACAACUUUAAGGUGCAUACAUAUUCAUCACCUACAUUUUGUGACCACUGCGGUUCACUCUUAUAUGGAGUCAUACACCAGGGGAUGAAAUGUUCAGCAUGUGAUAUGAAUGUGCAUAAAAGAUGCGUCGAGAGUGUUCCAAACUUGUGUGGAUGUGAUCAUACGGAGAGGAGGGGAAGAAUUCAGCUAAAAAUCACUUGCACAGGAAGCAAACUGGUUGUUGAAGUCAAGGAAGGAAGAAACAUGAUUCCAAUGGAUCCGAACGGACUCAGUGACCCAUACGUCAAGUUGAAGCUGAUACCAGACACUGAUGGAGUGAAAAAGAAAACCAAGACUAUCAAAGCUAGCUUAAAUCCCAUCUGGAAUGAGACAAUCACUUUUGAACUAAAACCAGAAGAUAAGGACAGACGCCUUUUGAUAGAGGUUUGGGACUGGGAUCGAACCUCGCGAAAUGACUUCAUGGGCUCUCUAUCGUUCGGAAUUUCGGAAAUUGUGAAAUCACCGGCAGACGGUUGGUUCAAACUGCUAACGCAGGAAGAAGGAGAAUUCUACAAUGUGCCAGUACCGGAAGAAGGUGUUGAUUUGGUUGUGCUUAAGACACAACAGCAAAGAUCACUCAAAUUCCAGAAAGCCUCAAUCACCAAAAAACCAUCUCUUCAAAUGUCAGACAAGGACGUGCCCCAUAACAUGGGCAAAAAGGAUAUAAUCAGAGCCAGCGAUUUCAAUUUCCUCAUGGUUCUGGGCAAGGGCUCCUUUGGUAAGGUAAUGUUAGCUGAGAGGAAGGGUACCGAUGAGUUGUAUGCAAUUAAGAUACUGAAGAAAGAUAUUAUAAUUCAGGAUGAUGAUGUGGAAUGCACUAUGGUGGAGAAAAGAGUACUGGCACUGUCCAGUAAACCGCCGUUUCUGGUACAGUUGCAUUCCUGCUUUCAAACUAUGGACCGUCUCUAUUUCGUUAUGGAAUACGUGAACGGAGGUGAUCUGAUGUUCCAAAUCCAACAGUGUGGCAAGUUUAAGGAACCAGUCGCUGUGUUUUACUCGGCUGAAAUUGCCAUCGGACUGUUCUAUCUGCACGCCAGAGGCAUCGUUUACAGAGACCUGAAGCUGGACAACGUCCUGCUGGAUCAAGAUGGACAUAUCAAAAUAGCUGACUUUGGAAUGUGCAAGGAAGGGAUUACAGGAGAAAAGACUACCAAGACUUUUUGUGGAACACCGGACUAUAUUGCACCAGAGAUUAUCUUGUACCAACCGUACGGCAAAUCAGUAGAUUGGUGGGCAUAUGGGGUACUGCUAUACGAAAUGUUGAUUGGCCAACCUCCUUUUGAUGGAGAAGAUGAGGAAGAACUGUUUGCUGCCAUUACAGAUCACAACGUCAGCUAUCCAAAAGGUCUUUCCAAAGAGGCUAAAGAUGUGUGUAAAGGGCUAUUAACAAAGAAUCCAACGAAGCGACUAGGUUGUGGGCCAAGAGGUGAAGAGGACAUAAGGAUCCAUCCCUUCUUUAGGCGGAUCGACUGGGACAAAAUUGAAGCCAGAGAAGUUCAGCCGCCAUUUAAACCAAAGAUUAAACAUCGGAAGGACGUGAGCAACUUUGACAAGCAGUUCACGUCAGAAAAGACGGAUCUCACGCCGACUGAUAAGCUAUUCAUGAUGAACUUGGAUCAAACGGAGUUUAUGGGCUUCUCAUUCCUUAAUCCGGAAUUUGUACAGCACGUGUAAAGCGAGUCUUGCCAAGUCAAUGGAAAAUCGUUCUCCAUUUGCAAUUCGGUCAAAUGACGAAUCUUGUUGUUCGACUUUUAAUAAUAUUUACAUAUCUUCAAGAAAAGAUCUUUGAUUAUAAUAUGGGUCUGUUUCACCAAAUUGAAGUAUCCAUUUUGUAUAUUACAAACUUAUGUACUCACAACGUUCUUUUUUUUUGGAAUGUGGUUUGGUGUUAGAAUCAUAUACUCAAUACAUUAGAAAACGCAGUUUUUCUAUAGAUUGUUAUUUUUCCCUUGAAUCAUGAAGUAUGCUGGACAAAGUGGUGUAGACUAAUCUAUAUAAAGGGUGUUCAAUAAGUACCACGACAAACUUGAGGAGAAGGUAGGCUAUGGACUGGCCUCCCAAAUAACAAAAACUUACCUAUAUAAAAGUGUAACCGUUUUUGAGAUAUUGAAUUUUUUCUUAAAUUUAAAAAAAAAACGAACCUUUUCAUCUGUGGUCUUUAGCUGCAUGUACAAAUGAGGUUAUACUUUGUUCAUUUUUUAUAUAAAAUACUUCUAGAUAGUUAUCAUAUAGUUAUCAUAUACAAAUGCAAUGUAGUUAAAAGAUGUUAAGGAACCAUGAUCAAAUAAGGACUGUUUUGGGAUUUUUAACCUUCUGAUAUUUUUUCCUCAACUUCGACCGUCUGUGGUGAAACAAAAAUGUACUGUGCUAUAACUGCAUUAUAUUGAAUAAAAAGAUUGCUCAUUGAAUACAGAUUUCAGAAAGGCACCACACCUACUAUUUGGAAUAGAAAAAAGUGAUAGCUGCUUUUGUAAGUGACUGACACACACUAAAAUGUAAUUAUUGGAUUUAAAUUCAAGUUGCACUGGUUAACGAUCAGUGACAUGCUAAAUAGUACAAAGCUUCAUUAUUAUUACCUGCUGCUGAUAUGAUUUUAUGUAAUUUACUGAACGUCGGACUUGAGUCAGUAACUAUACAAAAGAAUUAUUUUUGUAAAAGACGGGUUAGCGUGAAAUAAAGCACAAAUUGUUUGUGGAAGAAAUUUAUUCAUUUAUUGACAAAAUGUGCUCAAAUUGGCGACCUCCUAUUCUAAUACAAACUUGGCAUCUCUUAAGAAAACACGCUUUUAGAGUUCUUAGAUUCAAUUGGGCUAUCUCAGCAGAAGCUUGAUGCAUUUGUUCUCGCAAAUGUUCUUCGUUUUGAACUGGUUUUGAAUAAAUUUUAUCCUUAAAACAGCCCCAGUAGAAGAAAUCUAAUAGAUUCAAGGAAUGCAGUUAUAUAUAUUAUGUUUCAUCACAGAUGGUCAAAGUUGAGGAAACAAUAUCAGAAGGUUAUACAUCCCAAAACAGUCCUUAUUUGUAUCAUGGUUCCUACUUAAGUUUGUCGUGGUACUUAUUAGACACCCUGUGUGUAAUCUAAAGACAGAAAGCUGUGUUUUCUAUUAAGUUACGAUAUUGCGUGAAUUUUAGGACGACUUUUUCUUCCUAAAAGCUACUGUACGAGUAGUAAUUAUAAAAUCAGGACUAUAUAAUUUAAAGGUUAAUGUUACUUCUUGCCAUCUACCACACAUUUGCAGUAAACAAAAUCUAGGUAUGUAAGAGGUGGAAUUUCUUGGAACAAAUAACUUGAUGAUGUGGUAAAAUAAUUCCUAUGUUUGUAGUUCGGUAUAUUUUGAACUGCGUGCCGUAGGACGAAGUAAAAAUUUCAGUCAAUUUUUCCAAGAUCUGUGCCAUGCUGUUUUAUAUAUGUUUCUUUGUCUUGUAAGGAAAUAGCUAACAUUUGCGAACAUAUAACUACUUUGCAUAUGCCUUGUAUGCUUAUAUUUUAGAAACAGUUCCAUAGUUAGACGUCACCAGUUAUAAGGUAAAUGGUCAAAGAAAAAGAAAAGAAUUUUAUAGUUGCCUAUCUAUUUUAUGCUGUAACCUCUUUCUUCUAAUCUAAAAGCAACCAUUUAUUCCUACAAAAUGGGUAGGAAGAUCUGCGUUAUUCGCUAUUAGUACUAGAAAUGGUGCUCAUUUUUCGCUAUUGUUUAUAUGUUUGUAUUGCUAUCUACUUUCACCAAGACAACCUGAAAGAUCAGAUCUUCGGCUACAAAAUACUUGUAAAUAUUCUAUAUAAGUGUUUGUUAUUAUACAAUUAUUGAAAACAUUCCAGUUAUAUCGACUCUUAGUGUUCUAUUAUAAUACGUUAUAUAAAUUUGGAAAAUAACAUUCCUUAUAUUAGAUUCUACAUAAUAUAAUACUCCAUCGUAUUGGCCGAAUUGCAUAUCGGAGAAGUGUACAGAAUUUCUAAUUGGAUUUCUAGAGACUUCGUUGGAACUAUUUUCGAAAACUGUUGCACCUACCAAUCAGUCAAAGGAUGCCAUGGGUUCGCAAGAACCUGACCCAGUGCAACUUGGAUUCAACAAUGUUUUACACAAAAACCUGAUUUGUUUGUCACAGAUAAGCUUUUUUUAAAUGUUUUGAUCGUUCUAAACAAACAAGAUUCUUGAUAACUUUGCUCUGGAGUUAAACAUCUUCAAGUUGUAACAGAUUUAAAGUCUAAGAAUGGCCACUUUCAAUACUUAACAAGACCCCAAAUAGUAUUUUGAGCUUAGAUUAUUUUAAAGCAUUGUUAUCUAGUUUUUAACAAUAUGCUAUGGGCAAUCGACAAAUGCAACUAAAAAAACAGAAUGACCACAAUUCAAGCAUAUACAGGGUGUUUCAGAACUAUGGGACUAAACUUCUACGGGUUAUUCAGUGUAACUGUAAAUCGGUGUAUUCAGGUUGGAGGAAGACAUUUUGCACAGUUGUUGAUGAUAUCAUGUACAAAAGACAAAAAUUAAAUGCAUUAAUUCCUAUCUAGGCAAUUCAUCGUCUUUCUAGAUUUUAACGCGUCGUAGAGCCGUAGUGCCGUAGUGACACUUUGCCGGAUAUGGGUCCCUAUACUCAAAUGUUUUCUACUGUAACACUGAAUAACUCCUACAAGUUUGAUACCAUAGUUCUGAAACACCCUGCAUACUUGAGCCUUAAUUCAGACUCUUGAAAAUAGCUGUUCAGAAUAUUUUUUAUCCAUUGAUUGGUGUGAAGGUGUGUACAGUAAUCUUAUUCACGUUUUCUUCCGAUUUUUAAUAAGGGAAGUACUCAUUAACAUCUGUUGAUAUUUUAAAUUAGAAUCUCUUUAAAAAAUGAAAUAAUAUUGGGACCUACCUAUAUUUAAUGUAGCUCAUGGUUAAAUGAAAAAAUGGUAAACUUACUUUUUAUAUAGACUCGUAAACUGAAGAAACUUAAGUGAGAUAUUAAAUUAAGCAAUAACUGUUAGGUAAAUUAAUGAAAAUAAAUAAUUGUUACUAUAAAUUGUCUAAGUAUCGCAGAGUUAUUCUCAACAAUGCUUUUUUUGUUGUGUUGAAAUAACCAAGUUGACUCAAUCGGAUCACUACAUGCACAGUACUUUUUAACCCUCUUCCUAUUUUUGAAGGGGGUAAGUUUAGCAAAAAUGAAAUUUUGUGUAAUGGAACUAAUGCGUGAAUACUAUAUUUUAGUGUAUAUAUAAGUGGCAUUUUAUAAUUCUUAAAAAAAGGAAUGGAGGGUCGCGCAAACUUCAUUGUGAAGCUGCUUAAUCCUGGCAUAUAAACCAAAAUAACGGGUCAUUAUUGUAUUCUUGGAAGAGUCUAUGUCAAUAUGUAAUAAAAUACGUAAUAUUCCACUUAAGAAAAUUGUCAAAACCUGUCGUUCAUUUUUAAGCCAGUUGUUUCAUACAUUAUUGAAUAUUCUGAAGAAACGUCCAAAAGAAGAAUAUUGACACAACGUGGUAUAAUAUGCCUAAAAAAAACAGCCCAUAAGGAGCUUCAACGACGUCCCAUUCCGUUUAAAAAAUGUGAUCAAAUCUUCACUUCCAUCUUGAAACUUUCAAUUGUUGAACUUAGCACAUUAUGCAUUGAGUGAUCCUUGGUUGCAUUUUUUGACCAAAACAUAAAAUGAUAAGUGGCCCAGCUCUUAUUGUUUUUUGUAUUGGUGUUAAACGUUGAUGCUAAAAUAUGAUAGAUGUUACUGAGCUGAACCAGAGGUAAUGUGAUUUUACAUACUUUUAAGGAUAAUUUUACGUAAAGUUGGUAAUGUAUAAAACACUUCUAAGUUCUAUUCUGUAUCUUAAACAGAUGCAUUCAAAUAUACGGCUCGAUCGUGCUUGGAAUAUCUAGAACUGACCUGUAUGACCACUCCUUCAUUUCUAGGUUGUGAUGAAUGUAUAACGAUCUACUAAAAGGAAGCUUUUCCGAUUCUAUUAAUCUGAAUCCGUUCAAAACUCGAACCAACAUUCUUCUAUAGCAGUUCCGGUACUCUGAUAUUUAGGCAUUGCGUUUGAUACUGCUUGAGUAAAAAGAUGGAAGGUUCUAGCUCCAUCUAUGAAACGUUCAGAACAUAUGCAUUUCAUUCAUUUAUCCCAAAAUUUAUUUUUAUUUUAUUACUUGCUCCAAAAUACAUAUGUUCGGAAAUAUUUAAAUGCACCAUAACCUUAUUCAAAGUACUGUAAUGCGUCUGUUUGAGUGACCUGUGAAUCUUUCAUAACUUCGAUAAUCAUGAUUUAAUAUCAAUGUUAAUGUUGCUACUAUCUUGAAAAUCUAUAAUAAGUAUUUUGAUACUUGCUAGUGUUAGUAGAGCUAGCCUUUCUUCAAGUGAUUAUUUACUAAGUGCCAAUCACGUUUCGCAAUGUUUCGUUGAUCGAAACAUUAACUAGUCAAACUGUAACUUUUGUGAAUCUAUCGUGCAUUAGUAUAUUGUUUCAUAUUAGAACUAUUGAUGUAAAAAAAUUGACAAAAACUCUUUUGAAUCAACUGAAAAUUAGGCAGAAAAAUUCCCGUAUGAUAAAGGUUCAGAUUGAAUCGGUUAUGACACGCCGCAAUAAUAUAAAUUGGGUUUUUGAAAUGACUGAUUCAAUAGACGUUUCAUUUUCAGAUUCUUGGAAAUGUCAUUUAUGAAAUUGGGAACUAAUUGAUAUAAUCAGCCGACAGUGCUGGGGAGGAAGUUUUUUCUCAUGUUUUGUAAAUUUUUCUGUCAAGCGUGAUUAUUGAAUUUAAUUGGACUAUCACCUAGAUAAGAGCGUAGAUUUUAGAUCAAUUUAAAAAUGAGAUGUGAGGCUACACUACUGUGAUUUCGAGUACGAGGACCUAGAUGUAGAAUGACGACGUAGGAUUUCUUCCAAACAAUAUGUAUCAGAAGUUUUCUGGAGAGUGCUUAUUAGUAUCAAAUUUUUAACCUAGACCACUGAUGGGCGUUUACGCGUAUACUUUAAUUGAAUAGGCUUCGAAGUAGACAAUGCGGAGGCAAAUAAUGUAAACAAUACGUAUACAAUCGUGUAGACAAUGUAGACAAUAGCUUAAGUGGGGUUAGCUUUACUCAAAACAUUAUUGAACCGGCAACUAUAAAAAUAAAAUGAUGAAAUGCACUAAAAGUAAGGAAAUUGAUGAACUAGGAUUUAUUUUUUUCAAGCAAUGAGAAGGCAUCUAAUGGAAUGGCCGAUUUCUUGUAAAAUGUACCUAAAACUUUAAAUCAAGAAAUACGUCAUAAAUCACUUGGUUUAGCUACAGAAAGCUAUUUUUCAAGAGCGUCGUGUCACUAAAUUAGCGGCAUUGUCAUAAAAUGCACCAAUGAAAGCAUUUGCAAGCAAUUAAAUGGGCAUUUAUUGAAAAUAAUAUCUCUCAAUUGCUGUGAAAAAUUCUGCUUGAUAUUUUUUUAUUUCUUUAUCAUCGAGUAAGUAUUCAAUUUACCUGAAUACCGUAUGAAAAAAAUCCAGGGAAUAAGAAUUCUGUAAUUAUGUUUAUCUUCAAAGAAUUUAUUUAGCAGAGUUUUGUACAGCAACAGCGAGACACUGUUAUUUUCAAUAAAAUGCUCAGCAAUUGCCCCUUCUUUUUGAUUGUUGGAAUUUGAUUCAACUUGUGUAUCUAUACACAAAUGGAAAAUAGGUAUUUGUAGCUAAAUCAUGUGAUAUAUGAAGCGCUUCUUGUUUUAGUAUGAGAAUUAGGAGCCCAUUUUACACAAAUCGUAUAAUUUGUCUCCAGCUUAAGAAACAUUUUACAAGAAAUCGACCACAUUCAUUAGAUCCAUUACUUCAAAAACGCACAGGUAAGUCAACUUUUGUCGUAUCGAAACUAAUAUUGCGGUUAUCGAUGCCCUAUUUUACCAAUUUCGAAUUGCCUAAUAUAAGCACAAAUCAAAUCAGAAAUUAUAUUAAGAAGAAGUAGUAAGAAAGCAUGUGAAUGUCGUCAAGGCUGACCGAUAACGGCCUUGCCAAUCUAAAUAUUAACGAUGCUGACGACGCUGGAUGAAAUCUGUCAAAUGGGUGGAUUUUGUUUUCAGAAUGCAUUUUAUUUCGUUUUAGAAACGUUCCAAAUUUAUUUGAAACUAUAACUUUGUAAUGAUAAAUAUCUAUAUUUAUACAUGUUCUAUUAUUCAAAGAUCACCCUUACAGGCGCAUCAUACAUUCCCAUACAAUAUAAUUUCAAAUAAAAAAGACUUGUUAGUGCAUCAUACACGAUCACAUUUCACCAUCAACGCAAAACCUUUUUUAGGCAGCUAUGAACGAAAAUAUGAAAUAUAUAAACAUAUUGUUGUGAAGUCGUUAACGAGAGCGGUUGGCAUAGCGGUCUUCAACUACUUGUUGGAAAAAAAGGCUAAUGCACUGGACUAUUAUGGAGGUGGGAACCUUGUCUUGGUAUGCACAAGAUGCGUUGUUGUCAAGCGAACCCAUGAUGUAAUCCUUGGUUAUAAGAUUCUGAAUGUUUUUCUCUUUUACCACUGAACUUGAAGAGUCUUCACCAGAAAUUAUAAUUUAAUAUUCAAUUAAAUACACACGAGCUUUGAUUUCCUUCUUGCUCGUCCGGUCAGGCGGUAAUGACGGUCUUUGCCUGUUGUAUGCACAAAUACCAAUAUAGGGGAAGCAGAAUGAGUGAUGUGCGUACGUAAUUGUAGGCAACUCAAAUCUAAGAGCCUAGUGUACCCGACUGCCUAAGUGUACGCUUAUGUAUGACUGAUAUGGAGCAUAAAACUGGACUAUGACUAUUAUUUUUUUGCUUUAUUUUUUAUUUAAAUCUCUUUUUCGGUAAAAAAUCUGGAACCAUCUGAGUUAUUCUAAAAAAUCGUGGAAAAUUUGCAAGUUUUCAGUAUUUCGGUAAACACGGUCUUAUUCCGGUAGAAAUAUCGAAAAAUCGGUAGGUUCCGCAACACUGCCAAAAUCGCUCAUCUAUGAUCUAUGAAGGUGGAAGCCUUGCCUUGGAAUGUACGAGUGAGGUGUUGCUAACCAAUGAUCCUGACCUUUCAUUUCGACCUAAAGUGGAGCGCCGUUAGGUCCGAUCUGGAAUCGAACCUAAACAGAUUCGACGCAAUUCACUAUUCAAAAAUGUGUUCGCUCAAAGUAAAUCUAUUAUUUGGGUGUAGAAAAUAACCUAAAGCAUAGUUUCAACAUAUAUCAUAAGUCAAGGAACUGUUGUAACAUAUUUUGGCAACGCGACAGAUUGGGACGACCUUCUGCAUCAGCGUUGCUAGGCAAUGUGGUGAUGAGCUUGGCUGGUCAGUCCGAUUAUAUCUCUUUGUGUGCUUUUAUACACUUCUCGCGCUACUUUCUCGUACACAUUGAACUCAAGCCAUCAGACAAAUUUGGUUUCCCCCGUAUAUGCAGGCGACCUAAUUGAACUAUUUUUUGCUAUUGUAUACAUUGUUUACAUGCAUAUCCAGACGUAUACAAUUACGGUGUAUUUUACACCAUGUUUACAAUGCGCCCAUCGCUGCCUAGGACAGGCUAAAUAGAAUCAUAGAAGCGAAAUAUACAUUUGUAUAAAAGCCAAAUAGUACUUACCUACAGCAAUUUGUAAUACUGCGUUCAAUUUACAGCUUUCUAGUGCCAUCACUACACAGUACUUUUUGUAAUUUUGGCCAAAGCAGGAAUGCAACAAAAUAACUUAAUCACAUUUCAAAAAUAUUUCGUAGUCAAAUUAUGUAAUGUCCUGAAGUUUUACAGUGCGGUAUAACCUCUAUCAAUUUCAGAACGCAUAUGAUUAUGAUACCCAAUUUCUUCGGACACGAUUGGUAUUUUCAAGCAAAUUUCGAGUUUUAAGUUUUAAAAACUUAUCUCUCAAAAUAUACAUACAAAAAUUUCGUAAGUUCUAAGGACAUGCUAGAUUUUUCUAAAAUUCGUAAACCGGUUGCAUAUAAGGACACAGUAAUAUUGAAAAGUUCUUGUACCACCUAAAAUGAUUAGAAAACAUUUUUUACUAGACUUGGUCCUAUUGUCUGAUAACUGUAUACAAAGUCCAACCAAACCGUUAGUUGUUGAGUUAUCAAGUAUAGUAACAUCAGUAUUAUAUUUGUCAAAUGUAGGCGAAUAAAAAUAAAGUGAGAGAAGAAGGUAAUUUAAAAGCUGUACAAUCAAGUAUUUCAGUAAUUUAAGAAACGCACUUUUGAGAUUUAGCAGCAUCAAUGUCGCAAGUAAGCUCCUCUAAAAGGUGUUACUGAAUGAUAGUCCAUAACUACAAAGGCGCAUUCCUGAGUCAAAUUUAAUUAGGGAUGUUCUUAAAAACAUGUGCACUAAAAAGUCUUGUUUCCAAGAUACAGGGUGUCAAAGUUUAGCAUCUUUUUUUGUUUUUUAUUAGCAUCUCAAAAAUCUUUGAUAUUGUUGAAUUUAGAUAUUGUUGUUCAUUAUAAUAAGGCGCAAAGUUAGCGCUAACUAUGAUUAUGAAUUCCAGUGGCGUCUGGGGGAUACUCUCCCGAAUGAUACUGCCCCAAAAAAAUCAAUGGCUUUCAAAUAGUAUAUAUUUUUCUCGAAUUAAAUGCAACGAUACAAAUUUUUUGCAUCUCGGAAUCUCUUCGAAUCCAAUUUCGUGUUUGGUGAAAAAUAAAAUCAAUUUAGUCCGAGUACUGUGCAAUGUUUUCAUUGACAAAUCAUUUUUUUAAAUCUAAGAAACGAAUAGUAACAACAUUUUGACAAAAUAUUAACAAAAAUGCUGAAAAUGACCACCUCUCACUGGAGGUAUUUUUCGAUGUGUAAUGAACUUGUUUUAUAUUUUUGCCCUCGAAAACGAAGUAAGAAAGAAAGAGAUAUCCAGAGACAAGAGAUAAGUUGUACCGUUAGAGGCUAAAUCUGAAAAAAAACGUUUAUUUUUUAAAAAGUCAGUGACGCACAUUUUUUAGUCAAUAUUAUUCGUGUGACCAAAUUUUUUAUAGAACUUUGACACCCUGUAUUGUGAAAACCUGACUUUACAUUCCACAUGUUCAUAUGAACUUUUCUACUUAAAUUUGGUCCAGGAAUGCGCCCUUGUUAUUACGGCCUAUCAUUAAGAAUAACCAUAUACAUAUAAUUGUAAAAUACGAUUUUGAAAAGAUAUAUUUACAAUUAGGAUAGUUAAAUAUAGUAAUCCAGUCUAUUCCAUAUAACAUCUACAAAACAUUAGAGAUGAGCCGGCAUCGUUAGUCGUGGACUACUUUUACUUACCACACCUUUUUGUUGAGUCUUAACCAGCUUCUCUAUAGAUAUCUUGCUGAUUGAUUAUAGAUGAUUUAGUCCAUUACAAAUCAAGUAGUCUUUGACAUGCCAGUUGUCAAUUUGCAUUGAUAAAUAGAAAACUAUAAUGUCUCUUUUUUAGAUCCUCCUACAGUAAACUAUCCUCUUUUGUUCGAUAACAUUUUUCUUAACGUCAUAUAAAUCCUAUUUUUAUAAACAAUAAAAUAAUGCGUUUCAUUCUAAUGUGCAAUAAAAUAUUUAUUGAUAUUGUAGUAUUACAUACAUAAAUAUUGCAUCCCCCAUUAUAGAAAAAUAUUUGUUAGCGAAUGUUCGUUUUUCUACCUCACACAUUUCAUCAUUGAUUCAAAUCUACAGGUUGCGUCAGAAUAAGAUUGCAAUUUCUUGAAUAGAUAUACAAUAUUAAUAAAUAAUAGCAUAGUGUCUAUGAAAUAUGUUCUAUGGUGGCUCCCCUAUGGAAAUAAGGACACACUGGUAAUCGGUUUUUCUUGAUUAACUCCUAAAUGACACUGUAGAAUUCCACGAAAUUUUGGCAAAUGGUACCGAAUUCGAGCCUCUUAUAAUGGUGUCUAUAGUAGAGAAUCAAUCCAUUUAGAUCAUUUGGCUCGGACUAUCCCUAACGGCCCACGUACACGUAAUCCGUUAUCGGCCGAACAACAAGAAUGCUCGACCGUUAGCCGCCGAUAAAAUCAAACUUAUGUAAAAUAAAGAGAGAGCGAAUACACCACUACAACCGUCGUCGGCCGAUGACGGUCGGCAAAGGCUGAUAACCAGCAACGUCCGAACUUGUCAGGAUUUCUCGGCAGCAAUUACAGAUGAAUGAGCGGCUUAAGUAUGAAUAUAGAAAAAUAAUUGGUUGUGUUUAUAAUAGGCCGCCGCUGUGGGACAAAAGCUCAAAAAGUUACAAUAAUCGAGAUAUUGUAAAACGGCUAUUAGCUGAAGUUGCAUUGGAAAUGGAUAUAACGGUUGCAGGAGUAAAAAAAAUUGAGCAACUUAACAGACCAAUUUCGCAAAGAAUAUAACAGAAGUAAUGAGCCAGGUGGGCAUAUUGCAUUUCGUUAUUUUUGGCGAAACAAAACGGCCCGAAUCCUUUGACCGGUAAUGUGCCUGAACCCAGCCCAGAGAUUCCAGAUGAUUCGAAAUCAUCGCAGUGUUCUGAUUUCGAGUUGUCAUCUAAAUCACAGCCAGAACUAGUACCGCAGCCUGGACCCUCUCCUUCAUUGCAACCAGGAAAAACAUAUCUUCACUCUGUUAAUCUGCAUUCAACAAUGACGGCCGCCCUUGCAACGUCCUAUGACGGCAGUAGUGUAUACAGACCAACAUCCAAGACAGUCGUCCAAACUGCUACGGUCCGAUAUCGGCUGAUAAAUCGUUUUGGUGUACGCGUACCCUAACCAUUGAUUAAUGUUAUCUACCUGAAGCUAGCCAAACACUCCGGCAAUCUAAAAUGGAUCUCAAAUAUCCUAACGCAAUCUGUCAGACCGUAGCAGAACACAAAAAUGAAUAAGAAGAAAGAAGCGGGUAAGAAUUUUCAUUACAAAAUAAUUUAAGAAAUAUUUUUUUAAGCUUUUGUCCUUUAAAAUCCAAUAUCUGCGUAGGGAAAUUCGCUAUAACAUUCUGUUAUGGUAACUCGUGGCGGAAAUUUUUGGCGUUUUAUAUAUGCAUUCGAGAAAUUACAAUCCUAUUCUUGGAUACCCUGUACCGUUAUAUGUUUGCCAAAAAGGUAUGUGCGCGUUUCCAAAUUUCAUAUCAAGCCACCUUCCCGAGCAGUUUUAAAAAAUAUUUUUGUAAAUGCAGUCUGUACAAACGUCUACACAAAAACACUUUAUCAAGGUACUUUUGGCUCUCUAACUUUAAGAUAUGAUGAAAUGUGUACUGCAUGUGACAUUCUAGUCUUCAAUAGUUAUAUAUAUAUAUAAAUUCUCUCUAG